AUGGAGAAGACUGAUAGCCAACAUAUGCAUGUUGAAGGAGUUGAUCCUGGUCCUCAGGGAACUGAAGCUGGAAAGUACUCUGAUUUCUAUAUUGAAGACCAAGUUGCUCAUCUGUCUGAGGAGCAUCGCCAGUAUCUUCUCGCACGACAUGGCACAUUGGAUCUUGAUCCUCUCCCUGACAUGAACGAUGCAGAUCCCUACAACUGGUCACGAUGGAGGAAAAACAUAAACCUCGCUCUCGUCGCUUUCCACGCCAUGAUGGCCACGUUCACAGCCGCUUCCAUCCAAUCCGCAUUCGAAAACAUCUCCGAGGACCUAGAAGUCAGCAUGCAACGCACUAGCUACUUGGUAUCACUAUUCAUUGCCGUGCUAGGUGGUGCACCCUUGUUCUGGCGACCGCUGUCCAAUCGAUUCGGUCGUCGUCCAAUCUUUUUGAUCUCGUUGAUCUGCAGUUUGGUCGGAAAUAUUGGCUGUGCGAAGAGCUAUUCGUAUGCCACAAUGGGUCUCUGUCGUGCCAUCACUGCUUUCUUUAUUAGUCCUGCGGCGGCUAUUGGUAGUGCUGUUGUUGCCGAGACUUUUUUCAAGAAGGAUCGUGCGAGAUGCAUGGGUGCGUGGACUUUGAUGGUCACGAUUGGUGUGCCAGCUGCUCCUUUCAUUACGGGCUUCAUCGCUUUACGUGUUGGAUACCGGUGGAUCUAUUACAUUCUUGCCAUUGUCAAUGCAAUCCAGUUCAUUCUAUACCUCUUCCUCGGAUCCGAAUCCCUCUAUGUCCGCAGUGAACAUGCCUCGCACAAUGUGACCAGUGUUAAGGAGAGUCUUUUCAAGUUUGGCCGCAUCGAUCGGACUCCAUUCAGACUUUGGGACUUCUUCCAGCCCUUGAGCUACUUUGGCAAGCCAUGUGUGCUACUACCAGCAGCCGCAUAUGCCAUGAUCUUCCUUUGGGGCAGUGUCAUGCUCACAAUCGAGAUACCUCAGCUUUACCCGGCGAUGUUCGGCCUUAACACGCAACAAGUUGGUCUUCAAUUCUUGGGCUUGGUGAUCGGCUCUGUCAUUGGAGAGCAGAUCGGCGGCUUUAUCUCCGACCGGUGGAUGUUGGUGCGCCAGAAGCGUAUUGGAGAGCCCCCUGCACCCGAAUAUCGUCUUUGGUUGAGUCAUAUUGGCCAUGUCCUUACCAUUUGUGGUAUCGUGGUGUUUGCCGUCCAACUUCGGGAUGCUGGGAGUACUUGGAAUAUUACUCCGGUCAUUGGCGCAGCUAUCGCUGCUGGGGGUAAUCAGAUUGUUACUACUAUUGACAUUACUUACGCGGUCGAUUGUUACCGCGAGGAUGCUUCGAGUGUUGGUGUGUUUAUUACUUUUGUUCGUCAGAUGUGGGGAUUCAUUGGCCCUUUCUGGUUCCCUCAAAUGUUUGAGACGGUCGGAUGGGCUGGUGGUGCGGGUAUUGCUAUUGCUCUGAUAGUAGCAGUCAGCAUCAUUCCUACCAUUUUAGUACAAUGGCGAGGAGCUGCAUGGCGAUGA